AUGGACAGCCGACAAACACGUUUUGACUUAUCCAGGCAACGAGACGUUGACAAUUUGCUCAACAUUCUUGAAAAUGGGACCUUGUCUGAUAUCGACGAAGAAAGCGAUGAUGAAAUUCUACAGAAUAUUUCAAAACCGCCGCCUCGUGUAGGUAGUAAUAUCGUCCUCCCCAACGAACCUUUGAUAAAUGAAGAAGAAAUUGAACACCAACCAAACCCAGAAGAGCCAAUUCCUCAAUCCAGUCGACAGCCUAAAACGCGUAAAGCGGAUAUAACUUGGAGAAGACAUUUAGAAUUCAAUCCACCACAGUUUACUUGGACAGCUCCUUUGCCAUCUGAUAUAGAAUCUCCACUUUUACCAAUUGAAUAUUUUUUUAAAUAUAUCCCAGAAGCUCUAAUAGAUGAGUUUGUUUUCAAUACAAAUCUAUACGCCACCAUAAAAGAAGUGCGGAAUUUCAAGCCAUGUAAUGCAACAGAAAUGAAAGUGUUUUUUGCUCUUCAUAUUAUUAUGGGAAAUCUAAAGUUUCCACGUAUACGAUUGUAUUGGAAUACAUGUCUAGACAUGAAGGUUUUUUUAGAGAAUAUGCCAAGAGAUCGAUUUUUACAGCUGCGAAAUAAUUUACAUAUUAUUGAUAAUAAUUCUAUUCCAUGCGAUAACACUGACCGUCUCAUCAAAGUUCGACCCCUAUAUGAUUCAGUCCGAAAAAGGUGUCUGGAACUCGACUUGGAGCAAACACUAAGUGUUGAUGAGCAAAUUGUUCCUUUUCGAGGAAAACUUGAGAUCAAACAGUACGUCAAAGGAAAACCAGAGCCGUGGGGAAUCAAAAUAUUCAUGAUUUGUGGCAAGAGUGGAUUAGUAUAUGAUUUCAUCAUUUAUCAGGGAGCAAGUACGAACCUGGAUAAAAAUGAUAUCGCAAGAUAUGGAGCAUCUGCUUCAUAUGUAAAUGCACUGGCAAAGCGAAUAAUUAGCCCUGGACAUUAUUUAUUCUACGAUAAUUACUUUUCCAAUUACCUUUUGUUGCAAGACCUUAGAGAUAGACAAAUUUAUGCUGGAGGGACAAUCAGAUUAGACAGGUUUGGAAAACCCCCUCUCAUUACAGAUAAAGAAGGAGCAAAAAAGCACCGAGGAUUUUCUGACCAGGUAACCAAUAGUUCAAAAGAUGUGGUGGUCCUGAAGUGGAUGGAUAACAAAGGUGUCAUCUUAGCAUCCAAUUUUGUUGGUGUUGGAGAGCAAGACGAAGCUCGAAGAUGGAAUAAAGUAUCCAAGGCGUAUAUAUCUAUUCCACGCCCUGAGCUAGUAAGAUUAUAUAAUAAUGGAAUGGGAGGAGUAGAUAAAACAGAUCAUCUAAUAAGCCUGUACCGUAUUUUUAUUCGAUCGAAAAAAUGGACGCUUCGUAUGAUAUUCCAUGCCAUCGAUUUAUCACUAUCUAACAGUUGGUUGGAAUAUCAGGCAGACUGUGCCAUGUGUAAGAUACCUGAGAGAGAUAUUCUGGAUUUACUCCAUUUUCGGCAGCGCGUAGCAGAUUCGCUGUUAAAAAUGGGACUGCCACUAAACAACAGAAAAAGAGGACGUCCAUCUUCUGGAAGUAGCAGUCCCAUAAGCAUUCCAACAUUUCCACAAACUCGACGACGUCAAGUUGAAAUGAGACCAAUACCUGAAGUUCAGUACGACACUGUUGAUCAUCUGCCAGAAUACGAUAAAAAAAAGGAAGCUACUAGAUGUAAAAAACCAGAAUGCAAGGGCAAAACACAUGUUUAUUGCCUCAAAUGCGAAAUCCAUCUCUGUUUCACUAGUGAAAGAAAUUGUUUCCGUAUUUUUCACCAAAAAUCUUAA